ACAGCUAAAAAAGUGCCAUUCCUAAAAUUACUCUACAUUACUGUACCUUCAGGAACCCAGAAAACUGUAUUCUGUUGCACGCUAAAACCCAUCAAAUGACCAUUCAAAAUAAAUGUAUACUUCUCCAUACAAGUUAAGUGAAAAUACGACGUUGUUAAGUGUCGCUUUAUGAUCAAAUUACUUGGCAUAACUGUACUAACGUGUUGUAUACUGUACAUAAUGAUUAAAGUAACUUAAUUACUACAGAUGCAACAGUUUAAAAAAAACGGUUCAGGUACGAUUCAGAAAUACUUCAAACUGUAAUAGGAGAUCCAGUUGAAAACGACCAGUACUUGCACCUAUGGUAUUCCCAGUCUGUCCAUGUGUGACAUAAUUUCAUAAUUCUAGUAAUAAGCAGCAGAGGCGCGUCCCUCCCGUGCACAGUAUGUGUGUGUUGCAGUGUUUUGUGUAGGGUUAAUAAAAGGGGUGCGGUUUGUUAAAUAAUUGCCCCUCCCAUAAUGUAAAACCAAAACAUUAUCCCUUCGAAGUGAAUACACGAAUACAGUGUCGUUUUUUUUCUCCUGAACUUGAAGAACACAUUAUCCAGUAGCCGCACUACAUACAGUAACCCCGUUUUGCUGACUUGCAGAGAGUGCACAUUUUCGGCUGCAACGAGUCCCUGAUAAACGUGGAUAUAUUAUUACUACAACGGAAUUACUGUACGCGAACUGAAAAUGGAUCCAUGGAUUUUCCGUGGAUUUUAUCUGGAAAAAAACGUCUCCGCGAAAUAGAGAUUUCAUUUUUUUUCCUCGUAACUAGCACAGAGCACUGCGGGACAGGAUUUAAAUAACAGCAGGUUGCAUCAGACUUGAAGUCAAACAAACGGAAGCGAUUCCGCAUAGACUAUUGAAAACUAAUGCAGGCGAAGGCCAGGUUAAAGGGAUUUCUUUCACAAGGAAUAAUAUAUACUUACUUGACAGCUCCCGCCCAGGUCGCAACUAUUUUCGGUCAAACUGUGGUCUUUCCGAAUCCACCAGCAUCUUGCAUAACAGUAAAAGACAGCCUGGUUACUUUGAGCUACUAGCGCACAAAGAUGACACAGAUAUAGACUCCUUGAGGAGAUUUUCUGGAACGAGAGGAUACAUGUGGAUUUGAAGAGCAGCCCCGUAUGAUGACUCGUUCAUCAAAAAAACUGAUUCAUCGCAAAACUACAUCAAGAGGCUGUACACCCUCGUGCAAUUACACCCCCUGUCUCUGAGUCAUCUUGAAACAAGGCUCUGGACUUCUUUUUUUGUUUUCAAAACGGAAUUAACUGAACAAUGCGGCCAGUUUACAGUAUCCCAGCCCGCUUUGGAUGUACAGUAACUGCGCCACAGUGGUCUUCAUGACUCAAUAUGAUGCUUUUUAACCCUGAAAUGCUUUCAAAAGACGAGAUCCCUGGAAUGCAACAGGGUUGACGGAACACACAAAUAAAAUUAUUACUCCAGUUAACCUCAUUAAGCUAUCUUUCUAUUCGGUGUGGGGGGGUGAUUCUCCUAAAAACAAAAGAGGACAAAAAGUCAAAUAGCAUGGGUACUCCUUUUGCACCAUAAUUUCCCCAUUGGACGACAGUCCUUUCAGAUUGUUAAGAAAUGCAGAAUCCCCUUCUACAGAAUAAGGACCGCACCACCAAAGCAACAGCUCAAAAUGUGAGAUUCCAGAGAGGAAUGGUGAAUGAAGGAGCGCAGUGUUCCGCCGCAACCCGCCCUCGCAUGGAGUUCAAGCCGGAGGCAGAGUUUAGUUUUCUCAAUGCUAACGCUGACACACCUCCUGUUUCUCAAGGGGGAGAUCAGUUAGGCAAAAGUGCUGUGUUGAAACAGGAGUCCAUUGAAAAUGUGCCAGAAAUGAGAACGCCGCAAGAAAAUCAGGCUUGUUGCCGACAGAGAGCCAGAGUGGCCAGCAAAGCCCCGGGAAACGCAAUGGACUCGCUAGUAAAGGGACACCCGAUUUUGGACACGGAUGUCUAUCCGCACGAACCAAGAGGCGCCUGCACAGGUGAUCCGAAUGCCCACCAAAAGCCCUGGCUGCCGUUUCGAGCGGCCGAGUUUCAGAAUUUUCACAUUUCUUCUGACAGGAGCGUCCAUAAGCCUUUUCAGCAAACUACCGCAAUACGAGUACUGGAUUCUGUUCAAGACCAGCGUGAUCCCAUUAGCAGAAACGGAGCGGCGGAGGAUCCUACCGGCGCUCAGGCCAAAUCGCCCUGCAGCCUGAGCCAUUCCUUGUGCUUCUCUACCGACACCAAAGACGAAGCGGAAAGAGGCGCUGUGUUUUGUAAAGAGAGGGGAAUCGUGAAAAGUCAGUGUCAGAUUAAUACCGCCAGUUCUGCUCUGGAGGAGGAGGAGGGGAUCUCCGUGCCUGUUACUUAUUGUAUCUCUUUGGGAGCAGAGCCAAUAAACGACUUUGGUCAUUUGGUCAGUGAGGGACACAGAACCGAACAGGGGGGAUUCGGGACAAUACAAGGAAACCUGGGGCUGGAAUCAAUUCAAGGACAAUGGGAAAGUGGAAAUGGAGUCAGAAAUCUGUGCAGUUUUAAAGAAGAACCGGAUUUAGUGAUUGAAGUGGCUGGAAAGAAAAUCCGGGCACACAAAUCCAUUUUGGCAGAGAAAAGUGACUAUUUCAAGGCACGGCUAUCGAGAGACAUUCUGAAGGUAAAGGGGGUGAGUUAUAAGACUCUCAAGAUUUUAAUAGAUUAUAUUUAUUCUUCCAGGAUGGAAGUGAACAAGGAUAAUGUGGUGGAGGUCAUCACCGGGGCUAAAAUUCUGCAAAUCCCUUGCGCAGUUCAGACGGCAAUGGAUACAAUGUCGGGGCAGAUUACUACUGAGAACUGCUAUGACAUUUUAACCAUAGCUAAAAAGCAAAGAUUAAGCGAGCUCAAAGAGACGGCGUACAGAUUUAUGAGCGAUAACUUCUUACAGAUUUUAAGGGAUCCCUCCGUUUAUGGGCGUUUAACUGGAUCUGAAAGAGAUUUGAUUCUGAAAGCGAGAAUGGAAGGCAAGAAAUGUUUAAUGGUGGCUGAAAUAAACGACGUUUAUGACCGGGUUGGAAGCAGACCUCAAAGUCGAGAUAACAGUCGUCCUCAGAGCCCUUUAUCUAUUGUUUCCUUAGAAGAAAAUCAUUUGAUAUAUUACUAUAACGAAGCAGAAAAGGACUGGAGACCUCUGACUCGGAUGCCAGAAGACAUAAACACAAAAGGCUGUGGAAUUUGCACGAUGUACAACUACCUAUUUGUAGCAGGUGGAAUUAAGGGAUAUGGCGACAAAGGCAAACUGUCGGAUAAGGUAUUUUGCUAUAAUCCUAUUACCGAUAGCUGGAGCGAAAUAAGGCCACUCAAUCAAGCACGGUCUCAGCUUAAACUAGUUGCCUUGGAAGGCUACCUGUAUGCAAUAGGAGGAGAGUGUCUGUUUACCGUGGAGAAAUACGACCCACGGAUGGACAGAUGGACUCCUGUGGCUCCGCUGCCCAAAGGAGCUUUUGCUGUUGCGCACGAAGCGACAACCUGCAACGGAGAAAUUUAUGUGUCUGGAGGUUCGCUCUUUUAUCGCCUUCUCAAAUACGACCCGAAGAAGGACGAGUGGCAAGAGUGCCCCUACAACAACAGCAGGAAGAAAUCCACAGACAUGGUGGCCUUCAAAAAUUUCAUUUACAGAUUUGACGUUAACCGUGACCAGGGUGUUAAUGUUUUCAAAUACAACACUAUUGUGAAGCUGUGGAACGAAAGCGCCUCGUUGCGACAGACCAAUCCGCUGCCUUUCAGAUGCGCAGUCAUAGGUACCUGCAUUUACUGUGUAAAUAAAUCGCAUACAUUGCGGUUCAUCAUAGAGGAGGAAAACGCACGAUUUGAACAAGAAGAGCUGAAAGCUCCAUUUGAAGCUAAGGGCGUUCUCUUUCCCUUUAUACUCAGCCUCCAUGAAAAGGCAGAGAAGAGUGCGUAAUGGGUAUUUUACGUCGGGAUUGCUCAUACAGUAUUUCGAAAGAUGGAUUUAUACGGCUUGGCUAAAAUGAUCUUAGUGGGUGAUCAGAUGAGUCUUGUCUAAACACCUUGCCUGCAUUGUACCGUUCUGUAGGGUUUGAUGUUUUGUAAAUUAAAAUCGGAAUGAAUUUUUGCAUGCCAGAUUAGAGAUAUUAUUGCCGUACGCCCUCGACCUUUCCAGGGAUAUUCUUUCAAAUAUAAAUUUGUUUUUACUUAAUGCAUUGGGAUAUAUUAAUUUGUAUUAGCGACAACACAGUAUGCACACUUUCUUUUAAGCUAGCAUUCUUUUCCUUCGUUAGUGUAUGCCCUUCCUUGAUAACUGUUUAAUGCAGCACCUGCUGCAAGGAAAGUCCUUUAAAAGCAUUCCCUCUACGACAAGAUUAUAUGUUAAAUUGAGUCUUAAACAAAAGUUCGGGAGUAGGUCAAAUCGUAGUACACUUCCGUCUACCUACUUGAAAAUAUCGUGUUUCUUCCACGUUUUUGCAUUUUUCUACACCCCAUCUUCGCCCUUGCAGUAGCGCCCAAGCAUCAUUUAUCCUUUAUUAAAUGAUGGUGGUGGUGAUGGUGUUCUGAUAGCCCCGACCUUAUGAACGGGUUGUCAUUGCUUUGUUAAAAUCACGCCUUCUCUUCAUGGGUUCGACUUAACUACUGCAAAGUAAUGAAAAAAAUAAAUAAAUCAAAUGUACUUAAGUAAAAAUAAUGCAAAAACAAGUAAUGUAAAAAAACUUUCAAAUCCAGACCUUGAAUUCAGUGCUUUCAGAAUUCAAUAAUUAUUAAAAACAAGUUUGCCUGCUGCUUAGUCUUUCAGUGCAUCAAUCCAGCAUGCUUGUUUUGCAGGCCACCUUAAACCUGCAGCCUUAGACAUAAUGUAAGUUUUAAAUUGAACUGGUCCAAUUAAACCUUCAUAGAGCUAUUUGAAAUUUCUAAGGUCUUGUGCUGCUGCUGAUGUAAUGUACGGUAGGGGGUGUCUAAUCGAUCCUUGAACUGGUCAUUUAAGUCUCUUUAGAGAUCCAGCACCUGAAGAGCUGGGAGAAUUUGUUUAAAUGGUCCAAUUACUUCAAUAAUGAAUUGAUUUAGGUUUGUUGGAGCUCGGUAAAAAUGAAACCUAAUCCCCUCUGGGACUAGGAUAGGCCUCCAAUUUAAAGAGACUCACACAACCUGCUGGACUGUUUUUUUUUUAGGUCCAAUUGUGGGGGGCACUGCCUUAACUCUCUGUAACUGGUUUUGAUAAAAUCAUGUGCUGAAAUUCUGUACUUUUAUAUAUUUUUCUGCUUAGAUAUUUAAUAGAAGCAUAAGCAUUUAUUCCAGGCAUAUUUGUGGAUAAUUUUGAUUUGCUGAAUGCAGAUGUGUUCUGUUUGUUUUUUCGAAAAGGAAAGAGGUGUUAAAUAACACCAUGAAAUGUCACAUCUUUAGAGAUGUUUGACAGGUUCCAGUUUUUAAUGGAACUGAAUUGAAUGGAUAUACAAUUAUUUCAACUGUGUUAAUCAUUUUGAUACCAAUCAUGUUGGGGAACAGUACAAUGAGAAGUCCUCUAUGGCCACUGUUGUUUACAAGGUGUAAGGAAGAUGUUGCAUUGCAUUCCCAUUUAAUACCCUCUUUGAUCCCAGGUGCUUUUGUAUGGUUUUUGCUACGUUUUCCACUGGGAAUUAGCUUGAAUUGUCCAGGAAGUUGAUUAUAAUGACACAACACUAACGUUCUGUCAUUUCAUUUUGAUAUUAACUAUUCUAGCCUCAAACAAUAGCACAGGGAUGCACGCAUGCUGUCUGAUCUCCAUGGAGGACCAUAACAAUUUUAUUUUUCUCAUUAAAGCACAUUAUCUGUGAAGAAUGAAAUCAUCAGAUGAGUGUUUUAACAGCUAAAAUCCUUCAGUUCUCUUUAAAUCCACUUUUCAAGUAAGCCCCUGCACAAAAAUAAAUCUUCUUUCAUUCAUUUAAAAAUGAAGUCUCUGUACUAGAGCAGCUCAUAAUACUGUUUUAUGUGGAGAAAGAAAACGUAGCUCAUGAAGUGAUUUUCUACGCAAGGGAAGCCUCAGCUCAAAAUAGCAUAUGACCCUGCUGAGCAGUUCGUGAAAAGUAAUUACGCCUCCAGAGCCUCCGUUUCUCAGUUGUGAUCCUCCAUGGGGAGUCUGACUGUCCUCUUGUAUUUGCAUUCUGCACAACGUGAUUGCAGGGCAGUGGCACUGUGGUGUCAGUGUCAACCUGCAUUUCUGCAUGUGCAAGGUCGCGACAAGCAUUAUUGUCUUUUUUCUCUAAACAAGGCAACACAUAAGGUGUGUUCACGCUUCAAGUUUAUUUGCCAUUUGUAACAAGUACAUUGGAAUUCUUAUUUGGUGUGUAGUCGCAUUUGCUGGUUUCUGUUCAUGUGUGUACUUGAGAAAAAAGAUACUCCCAGUGGGGUAUUACCGAACAGGAACACAGCCGGUUUCCUCUCACACUGAUCACUGCAGUGCACGUUCAGAGUUCCAGCCGCCAAAGUUCUAUUCUUCACCGAAAUCGCUUUUGUAAUGCCAGUUUCCUAGCAGACACUACAACGGCACUUUCUAAAUACGAAGGACUUUAAAUGGAUAUAGCUUUUUAUCCUUUUGUGUCUUCGUCAAAGACGAAAAACAGUUUUGUACCUACAGAACGUUUCGCUUACUGCAGCAAACGAGGAAUCCAGAAGCACACCCGGAGAAAAAUCCUGUGGUGUGUAACACUCUUGUUUGAAAAACAGUACUACAGCUGUGCUGGUGAAGCAGUAUGUGGCGACAGAGACCUGUGCACACUGCAGGCCGGCUUUGUUGAAUUGUUAAGGACUUUGUGUGGACUUUAGGAUUUGCCGUGUUGUUAAAAAUGUCUCAAAAGCAGCUAUACUGACUUUGCGAAGACAGAUGCUUUCUAAUCGUCAACUGUACUUAAUAACAGCUAAUAUACUAAUGUAUGGCUUUUAAGCUAUUUGAUCAUGUAUCUCAGCUAAAAUGAAGUACCACAAUAAAAUGGUCACUUAGAACCUCC